AAAGUUUGUUUUGAUGGGUAUUUUUUUUCCUUUCUGUUCUAGAUGAUGAUAAUACUGAUGAAGACAAUGAUAAUGAUGGCGGUAAUGAUGGCAAUACACAAAUUGAUUCCCCAAAUGAUGACCCCCAGCAAACAUCAACUCAGGAACAGCCAACUAGUUGUCAGGUAACCAGUAGUCCCGGGACUGUCAGUUCUGGCCAACAUUCCUCAUCUCAACUGACUUCAAUUGGGUCACACACGGAACGGCUAACACCCAGUGCAGGGAGUGCAGGAAGAUCACAACUAAUUCCUUUUAUGUUUCAGGGACCACAUUUUGAUGAAGGAGAUGACUGCACUGUUCCCAGCACACCAACACUUUUUGUUCCUCGUCGUGGUGAUGGCUUUGCAGAAGCUUUAAGCUAUCCACAAGUGCCUCAACGCUUUGUCUUUGGAACAGGAGAGGGAGUCAGCCACUCUGAGCUAGAAUCACAGGGAGCUUUGGGCAUGGACGAUACUCGCAUGGACCUUUCGCAGUUUGAUGAUGGUCAAGUCCGUAACUUACCUUUCACAUCUCAUCAAGUGACUACUUCUGGUGGCUCUGCAACUGUGGUUUUCAGUAACUUUGCUGUAAGCUCCACUCCUCCCCAACAGCUAUUACAAGGAGAUAGUACAAAUAAGGAACCACCACCUGCAAAAGAGGGGACCAGUUCUGCCUCAUCAACUGACACACCAAAAGAAGAUAUAGUUACAGAAGAAAUGGCUUCCAGGACUGCCCGUGAGGGUCAGGCUGCUUCUACAUCUGGUGAACAAGGUUUACCAUCAGCUUCUGAAGAUGACGGUGGCAGCAGUACCGAUCCUCAAGGUUUGCGCAAAAGUAAAAUCCAACCAAUUGUGUGGGACCAGUCUCCUGGAGCAAGUCAACAACAAGUACCUGCUACACCACUUCUACAGAACCCAACCUCAUCCAGUACAAUUUCUACACCAAGCACAAGUGCUGGUUUAUCAUCAGGAAAAGGACGUGAAGAAUUUGUUUGGGCCUCUAACCCUACACCUACACCUAGCACUAACCCCAGCCCAGCUGCGGCUACAUCAACUUCUCGUGGUAGUAUGAUGUAUAGUACACGGGGUGUACGCUGUGCUACAAGAGGCAGAGGUGCUAUAAUGCGUGGCCAUCCAACCCGAAGUCCAAUAGCAAGAGGUCACGUAGGAAGAUCCCGGGGACCUUCUCGAACCCCUGGGGUUCGAGGUCGAAGUCUUCGACGAAAGAACUAAUGGCACCUGAUCAAUCCAUUCAAGUGUCAUUUGUAUAUUUCCCUGCCAUAAAUAUUUCUGCUUUACUGGUCUGUAAACUAUUACUGAUGAAAUAUUUGUAAAAUAAAUAUAAUUCUAGAUUUUAAGUUUCUUUA